CAAUCCCUAAUUUCUCUCUCUGUCGAAGCUCUCCGGGGAACAAAAAUGGCGGAUUGUCCGAUGGAUAUCAUCAACGAUUUGUUCCUCCGUCUCGCAGCAACUACGCUUGUACGUUGUCGCGUUCUCUCGAAGCCAUGCUUCUCUUUGAUCGAAAGUCCUGAUUUCAUCUCAUCUCACCUCAGUCGCAGACUCGAAACCGGAGACCAUCUCAUGAUCUUACUCCGCGGACCUCGCAUUCUACGUACGGUGGAACUCGACGCGCCGGAGAACGUCUCAGACAUCGACCACCCUUUGCAAGCCGGAGGUUUUACAGAGGUUUUUGGUUCUUUGAACGGUGUCGUUGGGUUAUUCAACUCUCCCGUUGACAUGGCUCUGUUAAAUCCUUCGACCAGGAAGAUUCACCGGUUACCGAUUGAGCCUCUUGAUUUCCCAGAACGUCACAUCACUCGUGAGUAUGUGUUUUACGGUUUGGGUUAUGAUUCUGUGAGUGAGGACUUUAAAGCUGUGAGGAUUCUUCAGUCUAAGUUUAAAGGAGGCGUAGAUAAUUUUGGUUACCCUGUCGAGAUAAAAGUUUUCAGCUUGAAGAAGAAUUCGUGGAAGAGAGUCUAUCUUGUUUUUGAGAUGAUGGGUCUUUUCAUCUAUUUCUAUUAUCAUUUGUUGCCUCGUCGUGGAUUUGGUGUUGUUGCUAAGAAUCAUAUUCACUGGAUUUUGCCUCGGGAACAAGGAAUCAUCGCCUUUAACACGAUAAUCAGAUUUGAUCUUGCCUCUGAUGAGCUUGGAGUCCUAAGUUUCCCACAGGAUCUAUACAUGGAAGAUAACAUGGACAUAGGUGUGUUGGAUGGCUGCGUUUGUUUGAUGUGUUACAGCGAGUUUAACCAUGUUGAUGUUUGGAUAUUGAGGGAAUAUGAAGAUAUAGAAUCUUGGACUAAGAUGUUUAAGGUCCCGAAACCAGAGAGUGUUGAGUCGUUUGACUUCGUGAGACCUAUGCUCUAUUCCAAGGACAGGAGCAAGAUUCUGAUGGAGAUUAACAACGCUAAGAAUCUCAUGUGGUUUGAUUUGGAAAGUAAGAGUCUUACAGCUGUUGGAAUAGAGUGUGAUAGUUCGUUCACUGCAGAUAUCCUCGUGAGUAGCCUUGUUUUGGGAUGUAAAGGAGAUCCUAAUGAAGCUCAGCGUAGGAAAGAUCAAAUGAUGCAGAAGAGUAACAAAAAGGGUCUCAGGGGUGGUUUUCUCUCCAAGGGAUUCAAGCUGAAGUUAUGAACAAAGCAGGAAACUUCUGAGCCCAAACAUUAGAUCAAGGUGCAGUAGCAGUGACUGUAGCAGUCGCAGGGGUAAAAGGAAAUGGCAAAAUCCUAAAACCCAUAUAAGGACUUCGUAAUAAUUAGCUUAAACAUGUGUACGUAGUAGGUCGUAAAGGAAGAUACUCUUCUUCUUUGUGUAAUUGACUGGAAUCUAUAUUUUCAGUUCUCUCAAUCUCAAUCAAAAGUAAAUCUUGUUGCAAAUA